AUGGGUUCUGGCUCUGGCUGGUUAACUAAGCUAGAAUUUUCCGAGGUUCUUGGGACUGUUUGGAAAAAAUCUAUGACAUAUGAAAAUAUUAUUUCUGGAUUUAAAACAACAGGAAUAUUUCCUGUAGACAGCACCAAAUUUCCCAUAAGCGAAUUUACUGGAAAUAGUGUUGAUAGUACUCUUCAAGAACGAGAAAAGAUGCAGCCACCUAACGUCUCAUAUCUACAUUCCUCUUUUCAAGGGAUCAUAUCUUCCACAUCCCAAUCUAGCGCAACUGAUAUUUCAAAUCAACCUUUGGUGUUGCAAACCAGCCCACAGCAAAUUGAUAUGUCUGAUGAACCGACCAUUCCCAAGUCAAGACACACAAUGAUUGAUUCCCAAAACGUAACUCAAGAUACCAAUGUUUCAAAGAAACCUUCUGAUUUACAAGUCGCAGCUACAAAUGGAUCAGAAAUUGAGAAUCUGUUUUUUAAAAGAACUGAAUUGGAAGAUUUCGUAAGUACAACAAAAAACAACAAACGUUUGAUUAAAACAAAAGACUUAUGGUGA